UUUACCACUUGCCUGCGAAUUUCUCCGUCUAAUUUAUCGGAAAACUGAUUUCCGCCUCUCUCCGGCGACUCUCCGGCGAAAUUGAGUUAGUUCAAAGUCAUCAUAUACCAACAAUGCCUCACAGAGCUCGACCUAUGGCAGGUCUCCUGCUGUUUACUGGACUUAACGUUGUUUUGGUCUCAACUAUAACUCCUGUCUAUGAUUUCGUGUGCUUCCAUCCAUAUUGGGAAAGAAGAAGAGAGCAUCGGUGUCAGGAACGUGAAGCAGCUCUGAGAAGUUCAACAUCUGCUCAAGUCUGAUAUCAAGGUCGGAGAUUCUGUAUAGCAGAUUAUCUUAAUUUAACUUGGUCAUGACACAAAACUUACUUACAUUCAGAGAAAGGUAUUUAAAGAAACGAAAGAAGUUGGAGCCCUUCACGCGCUUCUGGUCUAUAUUCUGCACACCAGUUUUUGUUGUUCCGCUGGUACAAUAUGGAGUCACAAUUUCAAGUUGAGCUGGCUUACACUUGGAACAGAGAAAGAUGAAGACAUACACAUCUUACUAGCGUACUUGUUCUCUUCGAAAAGAAUUGCGACAGAAGCUCUUUUUUUUGGUUUUGUUUUCUGAGGAAACUGUUGUUCCAUCUUUAUUGGUGAGUGUUUGGCUGUCUGAAUCUGGAAGUUUGAGAAUUGAAAUAUCUUGGGUGGUUUCACGUUUCUUAAUCUCUAUGCUUUCCAUGUAUUUUUAGAGGC